UUUCAAUUGUGUUUGUGAAGCCUUAAAUUCCGGCAAAAAAGUCAAUACAAUUCAAUAGUCAUACUAUUUGAAAUUCAAACUCAUUCACAAAUUCCAGGAGGCUUUUCACCCGGUCAGUUGUGUUGAAGCCUUAAAUCCGGCAAAAAUCUCUCAUUUAUUGGCCAUCUUCCCUAUAUCAGGCGAUAUCAUUUCCAUUUCUCUUUUUAUUCUUCCUCUCAGUAAAAAAAACCCUAAGGCCGCUCACCAUCACCGUUUGCCCAUUCCACCACUACUCCCCAGUUACUGAUCACCUUCUCUAAAAAGUUAAACAGGUUCACAAACAUAUUCAUCUUCUUCUAUUAAAUUUGCGUUCUUGAUUUUUCCGAUCUAUAGUUUUUUUGGUAUCUUUUUUAUUUUAUAUUCAUAUCCCUACAUCCAUUAAGAAUGAAGGAACUCAUGACCUUCACCACUCAACUUACCAUCGUAUGAAGCCACCACCUCCACCGCUCUUUAGCAAUGAAAGAACCACCAAUCUUCGGAAAGAAGCCCUAAACCCCAUUUUAGAGAAGAAAAACAUCAGGAUCUUCAGAUGUUAAGGAGCAUAAUCAAAAAGCCCACACACAUUCCCAGUAGUUGGAGAAGCUGGUGGAGAAACUACGUUUGGAAUUGGAUCACAAACUCAGCUUCAAGAGAAAAAUUGAUGUUGACAAAAGAUCAAAGAACAGUUAAACUUGUAGACUUUGGAUUAGCAAGAGAAGAGACAAUUAGUUACCGAGAUAAUGAUUACCAAAAUAGGGGCAUAUCAUUGGAUGGCUCCAGAAUCCAGAGUAAUUUUAUACUCUUUGUAAUUGUAUUAUGGGAACUUUUACACAACAAACUACCCUUUGAGGGUAUAUACAACCUCCAAGCUACUUAUUCUGCAUCUUUCAAGAAUGUGAGGCCAAGUUGGAUGGAAGAUCCAGAUUCUCGACCAAACUCCAGUCAAAUCAUACAAAUAGAGGAACACAAGGCCUUUUGUGAUAUCAGAGGAGGCUUUAUGAGAUAUAACCAUCUGGAUGCAACUUGCAUCAACUCUUAAUUGUAGAGGUCAAGGACGGCAUAUCAUGCUUGAAAGCAUCAAAACAAGGUCGUGGAUUGCAAUGAAACUUGACAUCUACUUAUCUUACUCUUAUUUGUCUUUGACUCUUUGUUUGCAAUGAGAUUCAUUUUUUUUUUUUUUUAUUUUCAU